AGCAGAGGCAAGGACCACUCUUCUGCCACCGGUACAUCAUGUGCAUGCAUGUACUAUGAUAGUACCGCUACAGUACAGCUCUCUACAGUACCGGUACUGUAUGGUAGUACCUGGGUACCUGGUACCAGUAAUUAGUCUGGUUUCAGCAUCAGGUGAUGUUUUGGGUGUCCCGAGUGACGAGUCGAGUCCAGAUUCGAUUCCAUUCGGCUUUUGUAAAAGAUAUGAGCUCAAACUAGUUUGGUCAGAUUUAGGCCGUCCCUGGAAAGUUAAUGCGUUGUACACCCGUGAACGAAAUUGAAGGGUUAAAUUACGUACCGGUACCCACGUCUCCACACUUUUUGUACCGGUACCGGUACAUGUACCGGUUCCGCUCAAUUGCUUUUGCCAGCAUCAAAAUUCAGAGCAUCAUCACUCUUCUAAAGGCACUUCUCAAGUCUCCCAAGCCGCAGCUCGCACCUAUUCACACUAAUCCUACCGUCUCCACCUAGCUAGCUAGCUUUGUUGCUGAACGAGCUUCUGGAGGUUCCGCGUUCCAUUUUUGAGUUUGGAGGACGCUAUCUUGGCGCUAAAAGCAGAAAAAGGAUGAUGACAGAAAAGGACGACUAUGGCUUGGUGAGGCCAAGCACUGAGGAUGUCGAAAAGGGAGCAAGAGAAGCCGAAAGUAUCAAGGCAAAUUCGUUCAAGAAUUCGACAGACCAUGUCCGUUAUCGAAUGAUCAAGAAGUCCCUCUUCAAAUAUUGGGAGCUCAAAGUGCUCCAGCUUGCUCUGGGUGUGUAUAUCACUAUCGCCACGUUUGUGCCUACUGGUACAUUCAGUGAUUGGGGUGGUUUUGUUACUGCUUCAGUUGGAUACAUCAUCGAUCCUGCCUCCGAGGAGAGAACACAAGAAGGUGUCAUUCUGACUCGAGGGGCUCUUAGAGCUGUGGUUGCUACCAACGACUUCCAGAUGGCAUGUGUCGCCAUCACUCGCUUUACUGCUUUCUUCAUGUAUCCAGCCUUGAUUCUGGUCUUCUUCACAAAGUUUCGGUUCACCAUGACACUACUGUCAGCAACCCCACUAGUUCUCUGGAUAAAUCAAGAUCUCCAUGAUCUUCACAGCUAUUGUGGCUGGGUAAUUGCUGUUGAUGGGAUCCUUCAUACCAUAUUUCAUGUGGGACGCUGGGCAGACCAAGGCAAUCUAUCGCUUCUCAUUCACCAUUGGUCAGGCAGCUCAGGUGUGGCAAUGGUCAUCUCAGUGAUUGCCAUUUGCAUUCCAAUGAUGUUCAAGACCCUCAAACUGAAGAUGAACUAUGAAGUGCGAAAAGGCCUUCAUUACUUCUUUGUUGUCUUUGCCAUUGCCCUCACUUUUCACACCACCCCCACUUCAAUGCCAAAUGGUGGUUUCACCUGCUACAUCUUCAGCAUGUUGAUUAUCUGGUACUUUGUGGAUGUGUUACUUGUCUAUCUGUUCAUGUCAGAGAAAAUUGAGACCACCGUUUUUCAUGUUUUGCCCUCUGGUGUCCAGGUGACCAUGAGAGUCUCAAAGCGCUUUCAGGCAAUGGGAAAUCAGGGAGGAUUCUGCUAUGUUUGCUUCCCGUGGGUUGACCGCAAAGAAUGGCACGCCUUCUCACUGUUUGAGAAUCCAUCCAACCCAGAAGAGCGUCAAAUCUUCCUCCUCAAAACUGGAGACUGGACGGAAAAGGUGCAUCAUCUCUUAGAACGUGACACAGUGAGGCCUGUGUGGGUCCAGGGACCUUUUCCUUCUCCAUACAACCGAGCCAUGGACUAUGACAAUCAAAUCUUAAUUGCUGGUGGCAUUGGGAUUACCCCAGCCCUUAGUGUGAUCAGAGCUCACAAGGAAAGCCGGAGGACCAAUCUCAUAUGGGCGGUGCGAGACCCAGCAAUGCUGGAGUUCUUUUUGGACCAUGCCUACCUGGACCAUCGAGGCUGGAACCUGAUCUUUUACACGGGAAAGGCUCCACUUGUGAAUGCAACUAUCGAAAGUCUCACAGGCACCAACGUGUGUGUUAUCAGGGCUCGGCCAAAUAUUAACUCUGUGGUACGAAACAUCAUUUAUGGAAUAGAAUCAGGAGUGGGAAAGCCUGAGAGGUACUUGCCAAGUGAGAAAGCUGCAGCAACCCAAGCCCUAGUACAAAAGCUCGAAGAACUUGAUGAGGUGAAGGGUCUCUCAUCCAGCGAUAAGUUGGUGCAGCUUUCGGAGCUUGCAGGGGAGCUUGGAUUCCUCUUUUCUGAUCUGGUCGAGGACCUGGAUCUGGAUGGCAGCAAGGACAAUGACGGGAUGGAUGAAUCCGACAACAAUGACUUCACCGUAACCACGCAUACUGACGAAGGGUCCUCACAUGCACUGGCUGGUCGCGGUAACCGUAGAGACUCGAUUGUGCUCUGGCAGUUCAGACGAGCGGGACAAUUCCUCUCCAGCAGGUCCUUGCGAAAUGUUCCCUCGUCAUCGUUGGAGGAGCUGAAAGAAUUUCAAAGGUUGCAUGCAUCUCAGGGAGAGGAACAGGAGAGCGAUGAAGAGGAAGACAAGCCCCGUGGAGACGAGGAGGAAGGUGCUGCAUUGCUGUCGGACGAUUGUGGGAACGAGGGUGCUUGCCAGAUUCAAAGUGGCGAGGCCAAGCCAUCCAAACCUCAUCUUGUCCAAGCCAUUCCUGGACCUCAGAGAGCUCUGUCUGAAAAGUACUUGACAUCCCUGAUGGGCCCUGCUAGGAUGAUACGCAGCAGCAGGUCGUUUCGAACAUCCCAUCGAAACCUGCCAGUAUCAUUUCGCCAGAACCGCAGGCGUCGCUCAUCUGCGAGCGAGUUUGUGGGCAACAUGAUGGAAGACGCAUCAUUGGCGUUCCAGCCAUGGGACGAAGAUCUCUUGGCGGAGGAAGCAGAAAACUUCCUACAGAACUUAGCACCUGAAAUCCUUCAGAGCUGGGGUAUUUUGUACUGUGGCGGUGCCAACAAAAUUGAGAAGCAACUGAAGAAGACUUCGGAGAGGUACGGGCUGGACCUACACUCAGAAUCGUUUUCGUGGUAGACGCUGCCUGUGCCAGAGCGCCCCGAGAUGCGCCUUUUGCAUGUAUUGUAACUGAACCAAUGAUAACUAGCUAGGACUAGCUUAGUAGACUAUGCGAUUUAUCCCUUCGUCAUCGGUUUCAACAUCUUCACAAAUACACGCACUGGUAGCUGCUGUAGUG